AUGAAUCUAAACAAAGAUCCCAAUAAUGGUAUCAGCCUUGAUCUCUCCUUGGGAAUCAAUGAUCCUCAAGAACAAGAUCCGGAUGAACAAGACGAGGAACCAGAUCCCAUGGAAGGACAAAGCAAGCUCAUGCAACUUUUGAGCUCAUCAAACGUUCAACCUUCUCUUCCUCCUCCUCAAUACUACAACAACAUCUCCGGGACGGCUUUUCCUCCGUCUCCACCGCUUGCAGUGCCUCUUCCGCCAAUUCCAUCGCCUUUUGGAUAUCCACCGUCAGGACAACUUCUUCAGCCUCCUCAAGCGAUCCAAGGUGGACCUGUGGCCGUGGAGACUCCUCGACAAGGAACAAGGUUAGGUCGGCCACCAGCUGGUCAUCAAGCACGUCGUAACUCAUCGAGAGCCGUGGUUGGGGUGGAAAGAAACGCCGGUGAAAAGGAGAUCGUACCACCGUAUCCAUGGGCCACGACUAGGCCAGCAGUAAUUCAUAACCUAAGAUACUUGUUCUCCAAGAAUAUUAACGUGAUCUCUGGACAAGUCCAUUGCAGGCCUUGCGAGAAUACUCAAACCUUGGAGUAUAAUCUGAGGGAGAAGUUUGAUGAAUUGUUUCGAUACAUCAACUUGAACAAGGAAGGGCUGCGUCAACGAGCCCCGAACGUUUGGAUGUAUCCGAAACUGAUUCCGUGCCGGUCAUGCGAGAGCGAGAUGAAGCCGGUGAUUGGUGAGAAGGAAGAAAUCAAUUGGUUGUUUCUUUUGCUAGGGCAAAUGUUGGGAUGUUGUACUUUGGAUCAGCUCAGGUACUUUUGUGAUAAGAAUAGUCAACAUCGUACCGGUUCGAAGGAUCGUGUACUCUACUCGACUUAUCUUUGUCUAUGCAAGCAGCUCGAGCAUUGCGAAACGUUCAAUCCCUGA